AUGGACUCUAUCAAGAAGAAAAUGCUGGCUAUGAAGCUGGAGAAGGAAAAUGCCUUGGAUAAGGCCAUAAAUUUGGAGAGCCAGCUCAAGGAGAAGGCAAGGGACUUCGAAAAAAAGGAGGAAGAGAUGAACGAGAUGCUUGCAAAGGUUAAGAACAUUCAGGCUGAGGUUGACACUGUCCAAGAAUCUCUACAGGAAGCCAUCAGUAAGCUUGAAGAGACCGAAAAGCGUGCUACUAAUUUAAUGAAAAUGGAAGGCUCCGCGACUGUUGAAACUGUCAAGUCUAAGAUUUUGGCUAUGACCUCGGAGAAGGAGCGUUUAGAAAGAGAAAUUGCUCUUAAAAACGAUGAUAUUGAAAUUGAGCGACGAAAAAAGGAGGCUGCUGAAGCUGAAGUUGCAGCCAUGACCCGCCGCAUUCGUCUUUUGGAGGAAGAUUUUGAACAGUCAAGUGGUCGUCUAACUGAAACGUCCACCAAACUGGAUGAUGCCAGCAAAGCAGCUGAAGAGAGCGAGAGUGCACGAUGGCGUCUAAAUAAUCAACAGGGUGCUGAUGAGCUGAAAAUUAGCGAAUUAGAGCGUGCUAUUGCAACUGCGACAAUGGCUACCGAAGAAGCUGAGUGGAAAUAUGAGGAGUGCAUGAAAAAGGCUGACUACUGCUCAACUUCACUUAGUAAAAAGACAAUUUACUCUAACUUUAAUGGUCGCGCGUGCAGGAACCGUAAGACUCUUGAGACCAGAUCGAUCUCUGACGAUGAGCGUAUGGCUCAACUUGAGGACCAGGUGAAGGAAGCCAAGUACAUCGCGGAGGAUGCUGAACGUAAAUACGAUGAGGCAAUCCAGGUCAUGCGAUUCUGCUCCGAAAACCCCGCAGAUGGUCGUAUCAAUGCUGCCCGUCGUCUGGCCAUUACAGAAGUUGACCUGGAGCGUGCAGAAUCGCGUCUCGAAACCUCAGAGAGCAAAAUCGUUGAGCUCGAGGAGGAGCUGCGUAUUGUUGGUAACAACAUGAAAUCUCUCGAGGUCUCCGAGCAAGAGUCCCUCCAACGUGAGGAGAGUUACGAGGAGACCAUCCGAGACUUGACUGAGCGACUGAAGACGAACGCCGAAUUAGAAGCGAUGUACUUGAAGCGGCUUGAUCUCUUGCGGGAACAACUUAAAGAAGCUGAGCAGCGUGCAGCUGAGGCUGAGCGCCAAGUCUCCAAGCUCCAGAACGAGGUGGACCGUCUUGAAGGUUCGAAUAUUAUUACCACCUGCUACCUUGAACUGCCUGCUAACGUUUGCCUUUUUCUACUUCCUUUGCUUGCCUCUGCACGAUUUUCUUACUUGCAUGAUGCUUCACAAAGGCUGAGUCAAGGGCGGAGGCCGCAGAAGCCGUAUCGAAAAGGUACGAACAGGAAAUACAACGAGUCAAAGAAACCCUCUCCUCAGAGAACAAAACUUUUACGCUACUUCGACAGGAAAUCGACUCUGCACUGGACGAGUACCACUCCAUUUGAGGCGUUAAGGGUCCACGGAAAAUGGCAAGCUCACUCGAAGGACCGUAAAACUUCAAUGGUAGCCAAUUGGGACGAACUGCUCUCGGAGAAGGAGCGCUACAGAGCGAUCAGCGGAGAGUUGGACACUACCUUUGCCGAGCUCACUUCAUUCUAAGCGGUCUGCAUUAUGGAGCUUUACUCAUGUAUUGCUAGAAACUCUCCCCCCUAUCCCAUUUCAUGUGUUAGAUGUCUGGUAAAAUCGCUCCUCUCCUGUUCCCUCGGGUUGCACAUUUGAGCCUUCUUUUAUUUAGUAAUUGGCAUUGCUUUCGAAGGAAUUUAUUUACCAAUGUCC